AUUAAGCUCCGCCCCGUGAGUCGCCUCGCGGCGACGGCAAUGGGGCCGAGAGGCUUUGUGGCUCGGCAGCUCUGGACGCUGCUAGGCUGUAGGGCCCUUUCCCCUGUGGGCGCUGCGUCCCGGUUUCGGUUGCUGGCCUCGGGGCAGCUUCCCGCGGGACCAGCGCUCGGCCGGGCCUGCUUGACCCCCGACCGUGCGCGCGGCCUGCUCGGCGGGCCCGCCCUGGAGGAGCAGACGUUGGGGGCAGUCAGCGAGGGACGCCCGGAAUCACGCCCUGCAGAUCACACUGGCCCCAAGUUUGACAUUGACACGCUGGUCUCACUGCUAAGGCAAGAAAAUGCACGAGACAUUUGUGUGAUCAAGGUUCCUCCGGAAAUGAAAUAUGCAGAUUACUUUGUGGUUGCUAGUGGAACUUCUACCCGACACUUACAUGCCGUGGUCUACUACAUCGUGAAAAUGUACAAAUUCCUAAAAUGUAAAAGUGAACCACAUGUGAAGAUUGAAGGAAAGGAGACUGAUGACUGGAUGUGUGUGGACUUUGGCAGCAUGGUGAUUCAUUUGAUGCUUCCAGAAACCAGAGAAAAGUAUGAACUAGAGAAAUUAUGGACCCUACGUUCUUAUGAUGACCAGUUAGCUCAGAUAGCACCUGAGAUAUUACCUGAAGACUUCAUUCUUGGAAUAGAAGAUGACACUUCACCCCUGACUCCAGUGGAGUUCAAAUGUGAAUAAAAUACCGUUUUAGUCA